GCGUUUCUCGCCCGCCGUUCCCGCUUUGGGAUCCAGUCUUCGAAGCUCCUUAUUCUCUUCGAUUCUGAGCACUCUUUCUCCACCACAUCCGUCUUCCGAUCUCUCUCCUCUUGUAGUCAUUCUCCAUUUGAUAUCCUCUCGCCCUUCUCUUCUUUGGAUCCACGGACAUUUGGAUUCCACUGCUCGACCUCUCCAAUUUUUCCCUUUUUAUCGAUUUUUUCUCCCUUUUUUGGGGUGAGAUCCUGGUCCGAAUGCCCUCAAGGACGCGUUUAUUUUUAUUUUUAUUUUUGUCGAUCCAUUUGCUGCAAUAUUGGCGCUGAUUUGGUGGCCAGGUUCAUUUCUUGAUCUCCGCUUCUGGGUGGCGAAACGGUGGAUAUUUGCUUGUCAUUGGAAGACCAAUAAGCAUCAAACUUUGCAAGGCCAUUAUUUGGAACAUUGUUUACACUUGCAUAUACUUUGCUGAUACAAUGGAAAGUGGAAACAAAGAUGAGAAAAAUUCAGUCAGUGUAUCAGUUUCAGAUAAUUCAACAGUACACACCCUUGAUGCUCAAGGUAAAGGUGAAGGAGGAUUGUCAAGUGAACUGAAAUCUUUAAAUGUCAAUGAGGAAUCUCCAAAGGUCCACCAUGAAAAGGAAAGUGAUGGCUCCGAACAGCCAGUGCAUGAAAGUCAAAAUCAAGGUGAAUUUUUGAGACUGCAGGUGCAUGAAAGUGAAAAACAAGAUGAAGAUUUGAAAGAGGAGGUGCUUGAAAGUGAAAAUCAAGGUGAAGUCUUGAAACAUCAGGUGCUUGAAAGUGAAAGUCAAGGUCAAUUCUUAAAGCAGGAGGUGCAUCAAUGUGAAAGUCAAGCUGAAGGCUUGAAAUCUCAGGUGCAUGAAAGUAGAGAUUUAGAUUCUCAGGAUUCAAAAGAAGCAUACCAGAGUACAGAGGAGGUUCUUGCUGAAGAAAAGGAAGCAGAUCCUGUUUUUGAUGGAACAGAGGCUCCUGAACUGGAAGCAACCAGGAGUCCAUCGGGUCAAUAUUUGGAACUUGAUCCAGAAGCACAGGGAUAUGCCUGGCCUGAAAAAGCUGUUGCACUGAAAAACUUUGUUAAGGAGAAAGGAAUAGUUGCAAUUGCAACUGUUCUUCGCCGUCUUUCUGGCAGAAAGGAGGAAGAUGGGCUUCCUGAUGGUGAUGAGAAGAAUGAUAAUUUUACAAUUGGCUAUAAUGAGGAAGAGGAUUCUAGCUCAGGUUCCAAACUAAAAGAGGUCUCAGAGAAGGGUUGGGAACGAUCUACAUGGAAUCCUCUAAACUAUAUCAAAAUUGGACGUGAAUCAGAUGUUCAAAGCAAACCUGAGCAGGUAGAGCAUGUCCAAGUUGAAAGCUCAGUUGAUGAACCGGUUAUGAAGGGAAGAAUUAUAGUAUACACAAGGUUGGGAUGUCAGGAUUGCAAAAUGGUUAGGGUAUUCAUGCAUCUAAAAAGGCUCAAAUAUGUUGAAAUCAAUAUUGAUAUCUUCCCUGGUAGGAAGAUGGAGUUAGAGAAAAACACUGGAUCUUCAGCUGUUCCUCGGGUGUACUUUAAUGAUCUCCUUGUUGGAGGACUUAGUGAACUGAGGGCCAUGGAUGAGUCUGGGGAGCUUGAUAAGAAGAUAAAUAAUCUUUUCGAUGAGGAACCCUCACCUGCUGCUCCUUUGCCACCAUUGUCUGGUGAAGAUGAUGAGUCUGGUAGCGGGAAGGUUGAUGAGUUGGCCCCUGUAGCUAGAAGGAUGAGAGAAUCAAUUAUUCCUAGGGAUAGAUUCUAUAAGAUGCGAAGAUUUAGCAAUUGCUUUCUUGGGUCCGAGGCUGUCGAUUUCUUGGCCGAGGAUCAGUACUUGGAGCGCGAAGAGGCAGUGGAAUUUGCAAGAAAGCUUGUCAGGCAAAACUUCUUCCAGCAUGUUAUGGAUGAGAAUAUAUUUGAAGAUGGAAACCACCUGUAUCGGUUCUUGGAUCAUGAUCCUGUUGUCAUGACUCAAUGCUACAACAUCCCUAGGGGUACAAUUGAUGUAAGACCUAAGCCUCUUACGGAAAUAGCAUCGAGGUUAAGAUUUCUUUCCUAUGCAAUUUUUGAAGCAUAUAUAUCUGAAGAUGGUCGACAUGUUGAUUAUGGAAGCAUUUAUGGUUGCGAGGAGUUCAAAAGGUACUUGAGAAUAAUAGAGGAGCUUCAAAGAGUUGAGUUGGAUGACUUGUCACGGGAAGAAAAGCUUGCUUUCUUCAUAAACCUUUAUAACAUGAUGGCUAUUCAUGCAAUAUUAACAUGGGGUUAUCCUACUCGAGCUUUGGACAGGAGAAAGUUUCUUAGUGAUUUUAAGUAUGUUAUUGGUGGGUGCACUUAUUCGCUGUCAGCUAUCCACAAUGGUAUCUUACGGGGAAAUCAACGGCCACCAUACAAUAUCACCAAGCCAUUUGGUCCAAGAGACAAACGCUUCAAGGUGGCUCUGCCAUAUCCAGAACCACUGGUUCACUUUGCCCUGGUAUGUGGCACUAUAUCUGGACCUGCACUUAGGUGUUAUUCACCAGGAAAUAUUGAUAAAGAACUGAUGGAGGCUGCACGUGAUUUUCUGAGGAAUGGAGGGUUAAUUAUUGAUGCUGAAGGAAAGAUUGCUUCCCUAAGCAAGAUCCUGCAGUGGUAUAAAGGGGAUUUUGGGAAGAAUGAGGUAGAGGUAUUGAAGCAUGCAGCAAACUACCUGGAGCCAGCAAAGUCAGAGGAGCUGUUAGAGUUGCUUGCAACCACUCAGUUGAAGGUGACAUAUCAUCCUUAUGACUGGGGUCUAAACUGUUAGGCAUACACUAAAGUUUUGUAGUUAUAUACACGAGAUGUUGUUGAAGGAAUCAUAUGGCAUCUUCAGGGUUCGGUGGUUAAGAUUUUACCAAUAUACUUGACUCUUAAUGACGGCACUUGAUCAGAGUCCAAGAUUUUGGGCAUUGGACGGUACAGAUGAAUUUAUGCUGUUCAUUUUGCUUCUUCCAUCCCUCAGAUUCUUAAUGAUGCUUUUCAGCUAUCAAAAAUUCUGAAGCAAGGAAGAUAAAGCUGUCAAAAUUCUUUCAAGAAUAGUGUUAUAAAAAGAGUUCUGAUGCAUCCUUGAUCGAUUUUUUUUUCCCUUGUUUUUCUGAAUUUGCACUGACAAAUUGAAGCAAUUAAUACCUCAAUAUUGAAGUGAAUGUCUCAUCGAUGCACCAUGGUGCUGGAUUGCUUAUGACUUUAAUUAUCCAGUACAUUGGAUUCUGGCUUAUUCCCAAAGCAUAUACUUGGUUUAAAAAUGUGUACAAGGGAGAAAAUUUCUAGUAAUAUGAUGUGACCAAAAAGAACAAAGAGAAGAUGCUGUUGGCCGUGACUUGCAACUAUAUGGGGGUCCUCCAACCACCCCUAAUGGCAGGUUUUGAUGAGGAUGUCUAAAAUAUACUGCUAAGAUUUGAAGAUCGAU